AUGGAAGGUCGUCUGGGUCGGGGGCACGACCCACUGCCGGCGAUGCUGCGAGGCGUGUGGCCGGAAGAACUCCUCCAGGACCCGGCCAGACGACCUCGCUAUGCCACUUCGCCUGAGGAGUUCUUGUCGGAGCUCCUGACUGGGGAACACGUCGAGGAUUUCAUCGUUUUGCCGAAUGGGACGGAACUCUUGGGCUUGAGCUACGAGGACACCAUUCCAGAAGACGUCCGGCUGUGCUUGCAAGAUUGUUGCAAUGCACAGGAUUUCGUGAAGAAAAUCUUGCAUCAUCCAGAGAUGCUUGAGAAGUAUCGUGCUGAUGUGGAAUACGUGGAUUCCAAGCGUCAGCAGCGCGACACACUGCGGAAGGAUAAGCUGGAUCUGGGUAAGCGCAUCCGGGAAGCAUUGCGAAUGGUUGAGGUUGGGGAGGUGAAUGCUGAUCUCCUGUAUGUGGCCGAGAUGAGGUUGAAGCAAGAAGCGCCGCAUCCGAUGGGCGGUGAGAAGGUGAAAACAAUUUGCCAGCGCGAUGUGAAGGACGUGUUGGGGCCGCUGGCAAGCUGGACGCUUUAUUGGGAUCGCUACGACGAAGGAUUCUUUGCCGGUGGCAGGUUCAGUGGCAAAGGCCUUCACGUGGAUCAGGUCUUGUGGAGCAACGUCGGCCGGAAUUACAAGGGCUACAAGCUUGCCGCCGCGUGGCCAAAAGGCGAAUGCAGCAAGCAGGUCGCUCUGGAAUUCUACGACGUGUUGUUCGUACCACCUUUGCAGCCCAGGGAGCUUGAGGCACUUCACAAGGCUGCGAAGGUGGUUUUGUUGCAGCCGGGGGAUGUCUACAUGUUCAGCGGCGGCGUCGCUCACACCGUCCUUUGUGUGUCCCAGGAGAUGUGCAUUGGCGUGUACGAGUCCUUCGUGACGUUCCACCCGAACCACGUCAACCACUUCCUUCACACCGACGACGCUGAGGGUGAGUAUAACUUGGGCAGCUACUCCAUGAGCCCCAGAUCUUUCAGAGAUACGAAGGACGAUUGCCUGGAUCAGCUCGAGGACGCUGCAGACCAGCUGCAGCAAGGAGGUGUCGCUGCUGUGCACCACCGCGCAGUGCCUCGAGCAGAGGCGCCCCCGCUUUGGGAGCAGCUACGAUCCAGGCUUCUCCGCAGCCCUGGCUUCCUGCAAUCCCUGGAGCGGCACUACGGUGAGACGGUCGACCUGUGUGCAGGCGAUCGCUACAUGAGGCGAGAAAUGCCUGACAAGGUCUACUCGGCGGGGAAGGCAUGCGGCGGACUGGGCGGUGCUGUGCCCUUGCGGGCAGGACAGGCGCGCAGAAAGCGCUGUCGAUCCCAGCGGUCAAAUCCGAGUCCGUCGAGCUACAGCUCCUACUCGUACCUGACCGACGAGGAGCAACUGGCCGAGGAAAAUGCGCGACCAUCCGUUUGCGGUGACGUGAGGCUUGAGGGUUGA